ACUGUUUUUGUCAGGUACAGGAAGUAGCCAGGGUGACAUUAAGAAGACGUGAAAGGAAGCAUGGCUAUGUGUAUUUUCUGAUUCACCUUGUCCUAUUGGUUCCUUUGUCUUAUAUGUUAAUAUUUAUGUGUAGUUAUAAAUACUAAAGGGUGCAAUGGCGGCGUGGAGCUGUCGUUUCCUUCUCCAGUGUGGACAUCGAGCCGUUUCUCACCGACCCGCUGAAAGUCCUGCCUAUUUGGUGGGCUGCAUCAGGACAGUUAAGACCACAACAUGGUUUGAUGAACACCUUACAAAGGAAAACCAGGAGUUCAUGAGGGAGAGCACAGCAGAGGAAUACAGACAACUCACAGCAGAAAAGCUCAACCCACUCAAAGAUGAACCCUGGCAGCGACAUGAGUGGACAAAAGGAAGUAGAAGAGUUGGGUUAGUAGCUGUGAAGCUGGGGAUGGCUCCUAUCUGGACAAAAACAGGAGAACGGCAUGUCGUCACCAUGUUACAGGUGCAGGACUGCCAUGUACUAAAGUAUCUGUCCAAAGAAGAAUAUAAUGGCCACACUGCUGCUCUCCUGGUCGGAGGGAAAAACGUCUCCCCGUUCUAUAGGUCUGAACAGGACAUGGAGAUGUUCAGGAAUGCAGGCGUGCCUCCAAAACAGAAAGUCUCCACGUUUAAAGUCUCAGACAACGCCAUCAUCAAACCAGGCACUCCCCUGUAUGCGGCUCAUUUCCGUCCUGGACAAUAUGUGGACGUCACAGGCAAAACAAUCGGUAAAGGUUUCCAGGGUGUAAUGAAGCGAUGGGGUUUCAAAGGUCAGCCAGCCACCCACGGCCAAACAAAAACUCACCGAAGGCCUGGAGCCUCCGGACCUGGAGGGGAUCCAGCCAAAGUAUUCAAAGGAAAGAAGAUGCCCGGUCAGAUGGGAAACACCGUCAUCACAGCGCACGGACUGAAGAUAUGGAGGGUCAAUACCAAGUAUAAUAUACUGUAUGUUAGCGGCUCCGUCCCCGGCCACAGGAACUGCUUACUGAAGGUAAAUGAUACAACACUGCCGACCAGGAGCUCCACCCUGCUCAACCCUCCUUUCCCCACAUACUUCGCCGAGGAGGACGGCGACCUUGAUGAAGACCUGUACGAUGACAGCUUGUUCAUUCACACAGAGCCGUCAUUGACAAUGACCUGACUUUACAACCACCUCGCCUUCUCACCCUAACUCACCAAGUCUGCAUCAUGUAAUAAAGAGAAAUUUCUUUGAA